AUGUCUUUUCCAGCGCAGAAUGCUAGAGGUAUCUAUAUUACUAUGUUAUGUUUUUAUUUACGUAAUAUCAAUUACUUUUUUUAUUUUGUAUACAGGUAUUCAAAAUCGAAAAAUACUUGAAGACUUAGAAUUAAAAAAACAAUUACUAUUAAAAACUGGUGCCGUUCCAACUCCUCCGACAAUUCCACAACCUACAACCCCGGUAUGAAUCAAUGUAUCAUUCUUAAUUAUCAAAUAAAUUAUAAUGUAUUUAUACAAUUGUAUAAUAGGUCACUUACUUAUUCAUUUUCUGUAUAUAAUUUUAAAAUAUUAUAUUUCUAAUUUGCUCAUAUAAAUUGUGUACUUGGUAUUAAGGGUCACUAAACUUAAAUUGAGUUUACUAUGCUUCUCAAAUAUUUUAAAUAGGUACCUAUAUUUUUUACAUGUAAAUAUAAUGAUACCUACCUAGUCAUAAUUAAUUAGAUUAACUUAUGAAUAUAGCCACAAUAAAAAUAUUUGAUAAGUGUGUGGUUGACAUUUAUAGCAGCAUCUAUUUUUUUUGUUUUCGAUUAACUUCAAAUUCCAAAAUCUACUUUCCUUUAAAUGUAUGCAUGCAAUUUGAAUGAAGUUGUUAUUAGUUACUUAUGAGGUUGUCAGUAUAUCAACAAAUUUAAAAUUAUUAUUAUUUUGUAUGGCUUCAAUACCUACAACAUUCACAAUAUAAGAUAUAAAUAUAAAAUAAAAUAUAAGUUAGGGUGGUCUUUAUAUAAUUUCAAAAUUAUAUGAGUCCAUUUAUGACAAUUUAAAACUGUUAGUUCUACAAUUAUGUUUAUACUAAAUUGAACUGAACAUUAUAGAAACAUAGUAAACUAGAUUAACUUCUAAAAUUAUUCUUGAUUAUGUCUUAAUCAUAUUUAUGCAUGUAUAUUGUAUUGUGUAUCUAUUUUUUUUUUUUUUAAAUAUGAUUUUGUUAUAAAUGCCAGUUAACCGUAUUAAUUAUUAUUGAUAAUUCAAAGUUCUUCAUAAAAUGAUUAUCCCUUUUAAUUUUAAAAUAUUAAUCAUCUUUCAUGUUUUGUUAUCUUAUUGAUUUAGGGUACAUCUGAUAGUCAUUUUCAACGUGCCCAAGCAUUACAAUCUGCUGGCUUCUUUAUCAUCACAGAUUCAGCUUUUGGUAAUUCUAUAUUACCUGUAUUACCACGUAUUGAAAAAUAA